CCCCCGCCCCCCUCAUUGUUCAAACUCCCCGCGGGCUCUGGGGAGGGGUCUCCAGGGGCCCAGACCCCUGGAUCCUGGCUGCCCUGCCCCCACCCCUAGUGUCAGGAAGGGACUCACUGUGGGGAGACCCAGAUCCUCUGGGUGGUCAGAGGGGCCUUUAAGCAGCUCUCCCCUCCCCAUCUGGCCACCCCGGCCUCAGUCGCUCACCCUUUCUCUCCUCUCCCUGUUUGUCUGUGUGUGUCUGUCCUGGCACCUCCCUUCUCCACCACGCAGGGCAGUCUCCAGGCCUGAGGUGCCCACCCUGGCCCCUGCGCCCGCUGUCACCGUCAGAGAAUGAGCCAGCCGCAGAGGAUGGCGCCCGUGGGCACGGACAAGGAGCUCAGCGAUCUCCUGGACUUCAGCAUGAUGUUCCCCCUGCCGGUGGCCAACGGGAAGGGCCGGCCCGCCUCCCUGGCCGGCGCCCAGUUUGGAAGCUCAGGCCUCGAGGACCGGCCCGGCUCGGGCUCCUGGGGCUCCAGCGACCAGAGCGCGUCCUCCUUCGACCCCGGCCGGACCUACAGCGAGGGCGCCCCCUUCGGCGAGCCCCCUGGAGGCCUCUCUUCGUCCACAUUCCUGGGCCCUGGGCUCGGAGGCAAGAGCGGUGAGCGGAGCGCGUACACCGCCUUCGGGAGAGACGCGGGUGUUGGUGGCUUGACUCAGGCCGGCUUCCUGCCCGGCGAGCUGGCCCUCAGCAGCCCCGGGCCGCUGUCACCCUCGGGCAUCAAGGGCGCCUCCCAGUAUUACUCCUCCUACCCCGGGCACACUCGGCGGAGAGCCGCGGAUGGUGGCCUUGACUCGCAGCCCAAGAAAGUCCGAAAGGUGCCGCCGGGCCUCCCGUCCUCGGUGUACCCCCCCAGCUCAGGUGACGACUACGGCAGGGACGCCACCGCCUACCCGUCCGCCAAGACCCCCGGCAGCGCCUACCCUGCCCCCUUCUAUGUGGCAGAUGGCAGCCUGCACCCCUCGGCCGAGCUCUGGAGCGCCCCCGGCCAGGCCGGCUUCGGGCCCAUGCUGAGCGGCAGCUCGUCCCCCCUGCCCCUCCCGCCGGGCGGGGGCGGCUCUGUGGGCGGCACUGGCAGCGGCGGGUUUGGCGGCCUGCACCAGCACGAGCGCCUGGGCUACCAGCUGCACGGAGCGGAGGUGAAUGGCGGGCUCCCGGCUGUGUCCACUUUCUCCUCGGCCCCCACGGCUGCCUAUGGCAGCGUUUCCAGCCACACACCCCCCGUCAGUGGGGCUGACAGCCUCAUGGGCUCCCGCGGGACCACGGCCAGCAGCUCUGGGGACGCCCUCGGGAAGGCGCUGGCCUCGAUCUACUCCCCGGAUCACUCAAGCAAUAACUUCUCAUCCAGCCCCUCGACCCCCGUGGGCUCCCCCCAGGGCCUGGCAGGGACGUCACAGUGGCCCCGAGCAGGAGCCCCCGGUGCCUUAUCGCCCAGCUACGAUGGGGGUCUCCACAGCCUGCAGAGCAAAAUGGAGGACCACCUGGACGAGGCCAUCCACGUGCUGCGUAGCCACGCUGUGGGCACGGCAGGUGACGUGCACGGGCUGCUGCCUGGCCAUGGGGCGCUGGCCCCGGGCUUCACCGGCCCCGUCCUGCCGCUGGGCGGGCGGCAUGCCGGCCUGGUCGGAGGCGGCCCCUCUGAGGACGGCCCGGCGGGCAGCGGUGGCCUCCUGCACAGCCACGUGGCCCUCCCCGGCCAGCCUGGCGCCCUCCCCGACCUCUCCCGGCCGCCUGACUCCUACAGCGGGCUCGGGCGCACGGGUGCCACCUCGGCCGGUGACAUCAAGCGGGAAGCGAAGGAGGACGAGGAGAACGCGUCGGUCGCCGACCCCUCAGAGGAGGACAAGAAGGAGCUGAAGCCUCCCCGGACCCGGACCAGCCCGGACGAGGACGAGGACGACCUUCUCCCCCCAGAGCAGAAGGCUGAGCGGGAGAAGGAGCGCCGGGUGGCCAAUAAUGCGCGGGAGCGGCUGCGGGUCCGAGACAUCAAUGAGGCUUUUAAGGAGCUGGGGCGCAUGUGCCAGCUGCACCUCAACAGUGAGAAGCCCCAGACCAAACUGCUCAUCCUGCACCAGGCCGUGUCGGUCAUCCUGAACCUGGAGCAGCAGCGCUGUCGCUUGGACGGGAGCUGGGGCCCGGCCUGCCCGCCGCUGUCCCUCAGCUCGAGUUUCUGCGUCUGCACGGCCGCGGGCCUUGUGCCAUGUCCCCACGCCCGCCUCUCUGUUCUGCCUCUUGCGCUUCGCCCCUCCCCCACACCCCCAGCCGGCGUCUCCUCCGCUCCCACCACCGGCAGCCCCUCCUCACCUCGCACUUGCUGCCCGCCCGGCACCCCGGCACGACGGGGCUGCAGCCUCGCAGCCUCCCCUCCCCCGAGCCCCCGUCAGGACUUGAGGGAAGGGAGGAGGAGGCGAGGCUUGCGCCAGGCUCCAGGCCUCACUGUCAGUUUGGUCUGUGCGCUUGUCCUGGGCUCCAGGCCGUGCCGCCACCCGGCUGUCUUCACUCGGGCCUGAGGGCAGCAGCCGCCGGGCCACAGGCACCAGAUGGGGCCCGGGGGUCCGACCAGAGGCAGGUGCCCGGCUCCUCAGCUUCCAGGGGUCCCCGCGUCUCAGGCCUCCACCCGGGCUCGUUUCAUCUCCGCCACAGCCGUGGCAUGGCGGGCGUCCCAUUGUGAUCGGCCCCGCCCUCCCCAGGAAACAGGCAGAGAGCAAAGUCACUUGUCCGUGGCCACCCGGCGACACCACUGCUGAGCCCAGUCGGGGUUAGGAGCUGGCGGGCAGGGGCGCAGGUGUCUGAGCACCAGGUCCAGACCCCUGCCUGUGUGAAGGGCUCGCUAGUGUCCAGUAGAUUGGACCCGCCACCGGGGUCACUCGCCGUAGAGAUAAGGAACCGGAGUCCCGGAGCUCGGGAGGCGCCGGCCAGAGUCAGGCCCACAGGCAGGGUGCACGGCAGCCGCUCCAGGCCCCGUCCUCGGGCCAGCAAAGCCCAGUGUGGGGCAGACAUCGCUGAGACCCCUGGGGGUGAGCUGGUUGGCUCCUUGUGGGACUCUGAGUGUCCUGGCCCCCCCCCAGCCCCAGAGGUCUCCCCGUCCUGGGCUCUGGGGACCCAGGCCGCUGUCUGCUGAGCCUGUCUUCGCGGUCUCUUCACCCAGGGCAAAUCAGGACAGGCCCAGCUCCCCCUCCCCCAGCACGCAGGGCUCUGAGCAGGAAGGUCGUCCUCCCGGGAGGGGGCCAGGUCCCCCCCCUCCUGGCCCGUCCUGGGGCGCGUGGAGUGGCCAGGGGUGCGCCCGGCUCCCUGUAGACUCCCAGGUUGGGGAAUCACGGCCCUGCGUCCAUCCCCAGAAAACAUCCCAGGAACAGCGAGGCCCUGGUCUCCCUGAGACACCAUCACACAGCCUCGCCGAGAGCAGGUCCAGGGGCACACGCGCAGGCACACCCGAGCCCUUUGCUCCAGAACGCGUGCCCUGUGCACCCAGAGGAGCAUGUGGUUGUGGACGUGAGCUCACACGCUAGCAUGUGCACCCACUCACACAGACCACACCCUGACAAAGACCACCCACCCACCCAGACAGACCACACACCCACACAGACCACACACCUGCACCCGCAGAGACCACGCACCUGCAUCUGCACAGACCACGCACCUGCAUCCGCACAGUCCACACACCUGCAC